AUGUCCCAGACAGAACCAAGAUGGAUCUUUUGCUCCGGCAACGAGCAUGUGAAUGCGGAAGAUCUUCACCUUAACCAUGCUGUGGCGACAAACCAUAGCCUAAUAAUCCCCCUACGAUUCCGAUUCGUCAAGCAGGAUCCCAUCUUCAACGAGGUCACCAGGAAGCAUCCAGUUUUCCAGGAUGUUAUCUGGCUUCCAUCCGACCAUCGCGACCUAUCCGAGAAGAUUCAGAGCAAUCUCCAUUACCGUCUGAACAAGAAACAACCCAAACGUCGUCAUUGGUACUUCCCAUGGUGCAGACAGCAAGAGCUGGACAUCGGAUUCAGACUCUUUAUCACCUACGAGGCAGGAUGUGAAGAAGUUAUCAACGAGAACGAAGUCAACAAGGCCAACUGGCCAGACAUUCUAACGUUGCUUCGUUGCCAAAGACCGCACCAAGCAGUGUUCCACGUCGAUUGGUGGUUUAAGGGAGAGAAGAUGACUCGCGAGGUCGAAUAUCUUGGAGACGAGAAGAUGUAA